UUCGUAUCGCGAUGUGGAUUCGCUCUCGCACUGCUGACGUGUGAAAAUUUUUCGAUUUUCUUGGAACAGACAUUUUGGUGUUGGUCCUGAGAGAGUGUCCUAGACCUAGAGGAGGGACCUCUCUCUCACCACCAUCAUGGUGGACCUAUGGUAUCUCCUCGCACUCUUCCUGGUUCUCAUUGUACAGGUAACCAGGAGUAUGGGGAGCCUAGAGAAGCUAUCGUCAGAGCUAUGCCUAACCAAAGGGUUCUCUUCCAAUCUGUUAUGUAGUGCCUGUGGUAAUUUAGGUGAAUUUAAACUGAAUGAGCUUGAGGGACCCUGUCGGCAAUGUUGCCAAGACGAUGCUGAAGAUGACUCCUUUGCACCAUUCCACCAUGCUCAUUUAGAAGUAUGUGGAUGAAAAUUGGGUCGGUUUCCACAGAUUCAAGCUUUUGUAAAGAGUGAGAGACCUAAAAAGUAUAACAACUUGAAAGUCAAGUAUCUGCGAGGUGCGGAUCCUGUCUUGAAGUUCUUGGAUGAGAAGAACAAGGUCAUCGAAACUCUAAGCAUUGAGAAGUGGAACACCGACUCAAUUGAUGAAUUCCUUAUGGAGAGGCUUAAACCUUAAACCUUCCAAAUAGAUGGUUAUAUAUAGGUCCUUAAAAUCCUUGAUGGGUUUGAGGCAAAAGUAAAAGAGAGAUGGAAUUUCAUUAAGACAUUGCUUAAUAAGAAUAAUUCUUGAAAUCACACUUAGGUAUUGCAAUGGAUAUUUGAGUGUUGUGCUCUCCACUCAUUACCAGUAUUACCAUUUUUUCAUAUUUCAUUGAACAAUUUGAGGAAUAAUGCCAACCAAAUAGCAUAAUGGUGCGUAGUAUGUUUAGACUUUCCAAUGUCGUCUUGUGUCAUGUAUAAAUAGCAAUGUCUUCAUGUUUUUCUGAUUUCUGUGAAGAUUUUUAGCCCGAGAUAUAGCUAUGCUUCAUUCAAUAUGAGGGGAACUUCCUUUCCCUUGCUAUAAUAGUCCCUAUUCAAAAUAAAAGAAUUGUAUCAGCUAUUGACUGGCCAGAGCAGAAAUACAUGUAUUCAAUUCUUGCAAAAGACAGUCUUUCAUGGAAAUUCAGUUUUCCUAGAGGAAUGAUCAUAAGAUGCAUUCUUGUUCACAAACCAGUGAUAUAUUUACCUCCUACAAUUUAAUACUCAGAUUUUAUUUGACCUUUGACCCUAUUAUUUAUUCUUAUAUAUGUAACCAAGUUCCUUGAAUGAAGGAUAGCUAUAGCAGAGUGCUAUGAGAUCAACCAUAGUCUAUGAAAACGGUUCAAUAAACCAAAUGGUGUGGACUGUUGGAUGCCAAUGUAUGGUUAGUCUCGUCUUCACACUCUCUUUAUAAUACAAAGAAAAUAUUGAUGGUGAAUCCAUUAUCAAUCAAAUGAUAAUACUGCACAUUCUUACUAUUGAGAUUAUUUUUGACAAUUUACCAAAUUUGUAUUAUUGUACAUGUUGUUGCCAGUUAUAUUUAUUAAACUCAUUUCAUUUGUUAAGGUUUCAAUACAAUUGUUAUUCCAUUACUUACUAGCAGAGGGUCCAAUUAAUGAAACUUGUUCAUCAGUGCUGGGUUAUAGGUGAAAAACUACUGAAAUCAUGACUUCUGAUUGAUUGAGAUGGUAUCAUUUGAAAUUGAGAUCAUGUAACAUGCAUUUGAGACUGGGCUUAGAAUUCAUCCUGUACAUCCAGGUCAUAACGUCAGUUUCUCUUCCAUGUAUAUAUCCUUUCACAAGUGAUAUUCCCAAGUCUGCAAUCAUUGUAAAAGUUGCAGUGGCCAAUCAGAAUCAUUGUUGCAUAUCCACAUUGUUCACAAAAGUCUGCAAUCAUUGUAAAAGAUGCAGUGGCCAAUCAGAAUCAUUGUUGCAUAUCCACACUGUUCA